CGACGGUCAUUUCCUGCCGGGAAGCAGCCAACAAGCCCACCCUGAGCUCCGCGCCGCCGCGGCUUGGCUCUGCCAGAGGCACGUGAGCUGCCGAGCUGAGAGGAUCGCCACGCUCCCCGAGCAGCCCUUCUGCGCAGCCCUUCAGCUCUGCCGCCGCUACCAGGAUGGCUGAGGUGACCACUGCCCUCAUCGAGACGCACACUCUCCUGAACGAGUACAGGGACUACCACAACUGGACCGAGCUGUUCCACCUCCUGAACUACACCUACACCUUCUGCGAGUUCAGCCUGGAUGAGAAUGUCAAGAGGGUGGUCCUCUUCAUUCUUUACCUGGUCAUCUUUGUGGUGGGCUUGGUGGAGAACCUCCUUGUUAUCUGGGUCAACUGGCAGACACGGGGCAACAAGAGCUUGGUCAACCUCUACAUCAUCAACAUGGCCAUUGCUGACCUCGGAGUGCUGCUCUCGCUGCCCAUCUGGAUGCUGGAGGUGAUGCUGGAUUACACCUGGCUCUGGGGCAGCUUCCUCUGCCGCUUCACGCACUACUUCUACUUUGCCAACAUGUAUGCCAGCAUCUUCUUCCUCACCUGCCUGAGCGUGGAUCGCUACGUGUCUCUGACCAGCUCCUCCCUCUUCUGGCGUAAGCACCAGCACCGCGCACGCCGCAUCAUCUGCGCCUGCAGCUGGGUCUUGGCAGCAGCGAUCCCAUUCCUGGAGGUUGCUCACAUGCAGCUGGUCAAUACCGGAGAGCCCAUCUGCAUCUUCAUGGCCCCCUUCGAGACCUAUGACGAGUGGGCGCUGGCAGUUAGCUUGGCCACCACCACCAUUGGCUUCCUCAUCCCCUUCCCCAUCAUCACUGUUUUCAACAUCCUGACAGCCAUGUUCAUCAAGAGCGCCAAGCCAGAGAGCAAGAAGCACUGUCUGCUCAUCUACGCCUAUAUCAUCGUGUUCCUCAUCAGCUGGCUGCCCUUCCACAUCAUGCUCACCCUGCUCACCCUCGACGGCAAUCACAUCAUCCUCCACUGCACCUUUGCCCACUUCCUCUACUUCUUCUACGACAUCAUAGACUGCUUCACCCUGCUCCACUGCGUGAUUAACCCAAUCCUCUACAACUUCUUGAGCAAAAACUUCCGCAGCAAGCUCAUCUCCGCCGUGGUCAAGUACAUCCCCAAAGACCAAGGCAGCCAGAAGGGCGCAGGCAAUUCCUCCUCCACCACACAGCACUCCAUAGUCAUCGCAAAGGACAACAACCCUCCCAACUAAGGGGGAUCGGACUCUCCCACUCAUCACUGGCGAGUGGUUGUGGGGCAGGGGCAGCUCCCUGCGCUCACUGAGGUCAGUGAGAUUGUUUUUCCUGGUGAUGAGCAGACACUUUGCUUUUAAACAAGACUUCUCGGCGGGCCACCUCCUGUGCUCUGAAGGCAGGGCUGGGUGCCAAACGUGAAACGAGACGGUGUGGGGAGCUACAGGCACCUUGCCUCUGAUGUCCUGCCGUAGCGGAUCUAUUUAGCUAAAGAAAGAAUAAGAGAAAGAGAUAUUUCCUGUUUUCCAAGAGAAACGCUUGCAGUAAUAAAGCGCGUUGCUUGGAGGUCUGAACACAAACCUGGCCCCUGGGACCCAACCCCCCUACCACCCCUGAGCCGUGGGGCUGGGGGCGUGCAAAUCUUUCCCUGGACAGGAUUUUCUGCACCCCCCGACUGUCACACACAAGCCCCGUCGCUGCAGAGGUGCCCGGCAAAUGCUGCCCCUCUGCUGCGAUGCCACCCCGAGCAGGAGAGGGGAAAUCCAUCCCUUUGGAACACAAACCGCUCCUCCCCGUGCCUGGCAAACGGCUGGAAGCCUGAUUUUAGUGAAAUGAAGGCAACGUGAGCCCGAGAGGCAUGACACACACCUGAGCUUUAGGGAGGGGAGGAUCGAUUCGAAAUUAGCGACUCAUUGAGAGCAAUUUUGCAAACCCAGUGGUAAAUGAGCAUUGGUGAAAACUGGGUUUGACUGGGCACGGCUGCUUCCAAACGUGACCGGUGGCAACAGAGGUGGGGUUCCCAGCUUGUGUUUUGCGGCGGGAGACCCAUCCCAUCAAUCCCAGCCUCCUUUAGAGCAUCUCCUGGUGGGUUUCUAAGGACACUGGUUGUGUUUCUAAACGUCGGCAGCCUCCGGCAGCCCUUCACGCCCACUCUCUUUCAAUCAAAGUCAUGCUGAAGCGUGCCCCGUGGGAACACGUAGGUGUGCAGAAACCCUCGGAGCCGGAGCACGGGCUGGACUUGUGGCGGUGUAAGAAACUGGAGCAUCCGGAGAAAGUUCAUCGUUGUCUGGAUUCUGCUAAGUCAUGUGCUGCAGGUCAAGCCUUCAGCGGGGGAAGGUGAAAGAGCGACAGUCACUGGGAGCCCAUAAAUCUACCAGUGGCCUUGAGCUGCUCAAGAAACACAUUUUUGAAAAAGCAAAGCAUAAGCAAAUCUCGGGACAGGAUGCUUGCAGCACCGAGCAGUGGGAGGGGAGCAGGAUGUCCUGGGCUGCGGGAGAAGCCGGGGCUGACACGGACCCUCGGUUAUCGUGGGACUGGCUGGGGACAGCGCUGCUAUUUACAGGGGUCCUGUGAGGGGUAAAUCACUAAAUGCCUCAGGGCUCCUUGUGCACAGAGAUGCUCCUCCUCACUACCAGGGGAUACCAGCCUUGGCAGAAGAAGCUGAACCUGUCCCUUACACAGAAAUACUUUGUGCCGCAGCUGGGGAGGAGGCCAGUCCCCUCGGACCUGUCCAGGGCAGCAACUCAUGGCUCUUCUCAGUUGCUACUUACAGAUUCACAACUCGUAGAGCUGCUCGGACUGUAAGCCCUCCGGGGCGAAGGCUGUCCUUCGCCAUCUGCACCGGCGUGGGAGCUCAGUGCCUUUGUCCCUGUCACCCUCCCGGGCACGCGUGCACAGUGAAGCCGCGCAGCCCCAACGCCGGCCGGUGAACGCAAAGGCGGCCUCGCACCGCACGACCCCCGAUCCCCGAUCUGCCCCAGGGCUUCCUCUUGCCCACACCCUGCCAUUUGCUAUGAAAAAAUGGAAGAUAAUGCACUGCAACAAGACACUUGAUGUGUGACAUAACCAGGGCAACAACAUAUUAAAUGUCAAGUUACUGAAACAUGUAAAACUUGGUAUUUGGCUUAAUAAAUUUUUUUUUUU